UCUUGCUUUGAUUGUUCGACGUUCAUGGUAAAAUUGUUGAAGAUAACCGAGUCAGUUAUAUUUUUGUGUUGUUGAAACGUACGAUUGAACACUUGUUGUGUUGUGUUUCUAUACCUUUUAAAGAACUUUUAUUAUUUCUAUUGACGGCGUUUCCUCUGGCACUCGUAAGGAGAGUGGUUAUGCUGGAAGUAUGCCGUCGUCGUCGCGGACGCGGGGCUCCGGCCGCGGCCCCGACGGGGCGCUCAGGCCUCCGGUCAUAGCUCCCAUGUCAGAACGGCAGCAGCUGGCCUUGGUCAUGCAGAUAUCGUCACAGGAUGCUCCACCAGCCGCUCCAUCCACUGCUGAAGAAAGAAAACGUACUAGGCAGCAGCGCAACGAACGUGGUGAGACGCCUCUACACGUAGCCGCCAUUAGAGGAGACCAUGAUCAAGUGAAAAAACUCCUUGACCAAGGCCAAGAUCCAGAUGUCCCAGAUUUUGCAGGUUGGACACCCCUGCAUGAGGCGUGUAUAUAUGGUUGGUACCAGGUGGUCAUAGUCCUUGUCAAGGGUGGAGCCAACGUGAACGCGAAGGGUCUCGACGACGACACUCCCCUGCAUGACGCCACCACCUCGGGCAACUUGAAGAUGGUUAAAUUUCUCGUUGAGCAUGGUGCUGAUCCAUUUGUUAAAAAUGCAAAGGCUAAAAUGCCCAUUGACUACGCAGCACCCCAUAUCUACGAAUUUCUGGAAUCGUUGAAGGAUAAUAACGUGAGAGCCUCACACACGGGUCGGGCAAGGGAUGACAGUAGCAAGAAAGUUGGCAAUGCAAGUACUUGUAGUGACAGCAGCAAGCGCAACAUGGACUGCCUAGCACAGGAACACUUUGACAACAAGGACUCUGCAGCGCAAGAGAAAGGCAGUGGAGAAAAUAAAGAUGAAGGCAAUCAACUUAGUAGUGGAGUUGUGUCUUCAUCUCAGGAUGAAGUAGCCACAGGCCCAAAACGGUCAUUCACGGAUGAAGGUCACGAGGCAGACUCUGUAGAUGAUGAAAUUUCCAAACGCAAGAAGAGAAAGGAGAAUGAAGAGAAGGAGCCCAUGGCUAAACCAGCUCCAGUUCCACGUAGCGGCCCCGGACGCAUUCUUACAGGCACAAAGCCUCCAGGGCCGGCUAGUAAGACUGGUGCCACUCCACUAGGGAAAGGUGCUAAUGUGCAGGGUGGGGGAAAAGGCACCACAGCAGGUUCCUCUACAGGGAAAGGCAGCCAGCAAGCUCAGGGCAAGAGUGGCAGUGUAACAGGCAAACUUGGUGCUCAAAACCAGGGCAAGACAUCUGGGAGUGCAAAAGGUGCAACUAGUAUGGUUCCAAGUAAACAAGAGCGAAAAAGUCCAGUAGCCAGCCCCAAACCAAAUCAAGCAAAGGAUGGUGAUGGUGACUCAGAAGAUCAAAAAAAUCAAGAAUCUACAGCACCCAAGGUGCCGCCAUUAAAGAUAGUCAUACCAGGCGGCGCAGGGGGCUCUGCCAACAGAAACGAGCAAGAAGGUGAAGGUGGGACCGGGCAACGCGGCAGCGGGAAGGGGCGUGGCAGUGUGGCGACGCUGCCCUACGUACUGCCGUGCACCAGCGCCGCCGACGCCGGCCAGACCUCCGACAGCUCCGACGGCAACUCCGACGACAAGCGCCCGGGAGAAGGGGGCAAGGCUGGGCAAAGAGUCCUACGUUCGCACAGGACGAACGAUGGAGAGAAAGAGAAGGACAAGGAGAGGACUUCCCCUCAGACAGGGAGCGAGAGUCGCUCCGGGACGGGUUCGACUCAAUCGACAUUGAGUUCCAACAAGAGCCCCCCGCCCUCGGGCUCUGGGCAGGAUAGCGAGCACGCUCCAUCUACAUCGUCUGGCGGGGUCAGUGGCCGCUCCGAGAUAGUGAACAAUCCAGGGCCGUCAGUGGAGCUGCACCCUCGGAAGCGCAAGAUUAAGGCUUCUAAGGAUAGUCACUCGCGGGAUCCCGUCAAAACCGAGCCCACGCCAGACAGCACUGUGUCUCACAAUGUCACACACUCCAACCCCUAUCAAAUGUACAUUCACAUUCGUAAACAGAUUGAAAAUCGUCAGAAGAGCUUGUUUCCUGUUAAGCCUAAACCGCCUAAAGACUUCAACAAGUACCUGAUGAACCGCUGUACAUAUACUCUGCAAAGUAAUGUGAACCCGGAGCCACAGGUGGAGAUACCGCACAACAUGCCACCGCAAAUGGUCAGCGAAUUUACAGACCAGGAAAAAGAACGGACACGCAUGAGAAUACAACACCUAGUUGAGAAAGAAAAACUGGUUCUAGCUGUAGAACAAGAAAUUCUACGCGUGCACGGACGCGCCGAACGCGCUGUGAUAAAUCAGUCUCUUCCUUAUUCCGUAUGCACAAUGUUGCGCGACAAAGAAGUUUACAAUGUGCUGGCUCCAGAGCAAGAGGAGAAACGGAACGCACAGCGCUCGCGGUGCAACAGCCGACAGAUCAACUCUUGGCUGCAGGAAGUCGAUGAUAAAUGGGAGAAAAUUAAGGAGGGCAUGCUUCGGCGUCAGAACACGGAAGCUGAAACUUUACACGCGGUUCAGAAAAUGGGAUGGGAGUGGAAACUGAAAGAACUCGGUAUUUGCGACUACAAAACCACCCCUAAAAUCGAUCCAACACAUGUACCUCAAAUAUUUGUUUCUAAUUUCGACUUGCGCGCCUAAACUUUAAUAUUAGCCUGGUAUCCAGACUGAUAUCUCUGUUUAAAUAUUAUUGCUAAAAUUAUUAUUAAUAAUAUUGACUAUAAUUAUUUUUUCAUAUCAUAGUUGGAAAUAUUAUUCAAUUGGUGCUAAAAAUUAAAAUUAUAAUUCUUACUUUGACAUCAGCGUAGAGUUUUUCGCGUUUCUGACUGCUUUUUAGUGACCAAUGUAAGAAGCAUGAUGCUGCAUGCGUUUACUCUUCUUGGCUUUGUUCCCUACGCCAGGCGACCGAUCUGUAGUCGUGUUAUUUACACUACAAUGGUAUAAUAUUUCUCCUAAUAGUGAGCCAAUGUAUGCGCAACUAGACAGUUAUUAAGUGCUACAGUAGCACUCAAUAGAUUGACUUUACAAUUACUGAAAAAGCCACUGAUAUUAUAGUGAUUUUACAAUAAACGUAAAUUAAACUAGCACACCGAAAACUACUUUUCUUCUGAAUUUGGUAUUUGUUAUCGUCUCAUCUUCACUUAGUACUAAGAAACGCGAGUUUGCCUUUAUGAAUUAAAUUGUAUUUUUUUGUGAUUUUAUAAUAAUAAUUUUAUUAUUUUUAAGAAUUUUAAAGUAAUGAUCUCAUUAAUAUGAUACUUGAUUAUUAUGAUUAAUAAAUAAAAGUAGAUUUUAAGGUAACGUCAUUCAUUGUUAACAUAAAAAUAAAGUAUACAAUUGAUGAAAGGGUUAACUUGAACAUCAGAUAUUGUAUAGCACCAUUUUCAUUUCCUGUGUACCCUUAAAUGUGUAGAUACAUUCAAAGCCCAAAGUGCUAUCAAAAUAUUUUUAAACGGGUAUUCGUUAUCAACAUGUGGGUGGUGCAGAAGACUUAACUAAUUAGCUUACCACGUCUUCCAUUAAAAAUAACUUCUGAUAAAUGUUUCUAUGUUCAGUGUCUGUAAUUGAUUUGUAUUUAACAGUAAUGUAUCUAUGUGGCUGCUAAAUUACUAUUGUGUUAUUCCCACUAGUUACCACAAAGUUGUUAAAAGUGGUAACUACUGGGAAAAUUCCCACUGGGAUUUAUUUUCCCAGUAGUUACCACUGGUAAACGGUGGGAUUUUUUUUUUCCCAGAAGUUCCCACCAAUAUUUGGUUAGCGUUCAAUAGUAAUAAAAACAAUUUAAAUAGAGAGUGCUUUAAUCAAUAAUUAAUACAAAGAUCAAUUCAUUAUUGAUUAAAGUGUGUGUUAACACACUGGCGCCGUCCCACCAAUAGGCGACCUCCGUCAAGGCAGGAGCUGCGGCCAUGUGGGAUUUUUUUUUCCAGUAGUACAACUUGGUGGUAACUAGUGGGAAUAACCUCACUAUUCUACUUACUGUGUUGUUGUGUUAAUGUGCCUUAAGCAAGGUUCAUCAGAGAAUGUUUGGAUUGUGUUUAAUGACUGACAAGUGCCCGCUUCCCUGUAUACUUUAUGCACUUUAUUGUUAUCAAUGGAAUAGGAUAAGGUUCAUCUUGACUUCAGUACAUAACAGGACGUACAUUUUUGUAAUAGAACGAGAUGCUAAAUAAAGAUUCAAUGUGAUUAAUAAGAA